UUCUCUCCUGGCACCCUUUACUAUUGCUGCCAAUCCAGUCUGCGCUGAGAAGAGAAAUUCUCUGACUCAGCCCCUCGCUGACAGAAGCAAUCAGCAACUCUGACCGGGCCGUUAAAAAUCUGGAUGGCGGUGCAGUGGGGUUAAGGCAGGCUCCCUGCCUACCCUGGCUCUGAGGGGCUUCCAGAAGCAGCCAGCAUGUCCGGCCACAGGCUGGGGGUGGCCAGGGGGCUCCCCGCAUUCUCCCCACCUCAACUGCCAGCCCCACAGCUCCCAUUGGCAGGGAACUAUGGCCAAUGGGAUCUGCGGGGGUGGCGCCUCUGGACUGGGACAGCACGCACCAUGCAGCACCUCCUGGCUGUGCCUCUGCCUAGGAGCCAGAGGGACAUGCAGGCCGCUUCCAGGAGACAUCUGAGCCUGGGCAGUGGAGGCCAGGGAGUGCAGAUGGGCUGACUGGGGGAGGACUCUUCUGGGGCCCGGAGUCUGUCCAUGUACCGUUCCUGGAAACUGAAUAGAAGAUCCAAGUGAUGGUACAUGAUGCCAACUGACAAUCACACCUUUUUUGACCCUGUAACCUACAUCCUGACUGGCAUCCCAGGCAUGGAAGAGUCUCAGGUCUGGAUCUCCAUCCCCUUCUGUCUGAUGUACAUUGUGGCGCUUUUGGGGAACUCUCUCAUAAUAUUCAUUAUACUAACAGAACGAAGCCUCCAUGAGCCCAUGUAUCUUUUCCUGUCCAUGCUGGCCACUGCUGAUCUGCUGUUAUCUACCACUACGGUGCCCAAGAUGCUGGCUGUAUUCUGGUUUAGAGCAGGGGAAAUUUCUUUUGCUGCCUGCCUGACCCAGAUGUUCUUCAUCCAUGUCAUUUUUAUUGCCGAGUCGGCCAUUCUGCUGGCCAUGGCAUUUGAUCGAUACGUUGCCAUCUGCAACCCCCUGAGAUACACCAUCAUGCUAACCAAGUCUGUGAUCGGGAAGAUGGGGCUCGCAGCUGUCACAAGAAGUUUCUGUAUAAUUUUCCCCGUCAUCUUUCUCGUGAAGCGUCUGAAGUUCUGCAGAACCAACCUCCUGCCUCACACCUAUUGUGAGCACAUGGGCAUAGCCCGGCUGGCCUGCGAUGACAUCACAGUCAACAUCUGGUAUGGCUUAGCUGUGGCUAUUUUAGCAAUCGGCUUGGAUGCUGUGCUCAUUGCUGUAUCUUAUGGACUGAUUCUCAGGGCCGUUUUCCAGCUCCCAUCGAAGGACGCCCGGCUCAAGGCUCUCCGCACCUGCGGCGCCCACCUCUGUGUCAUACUGAUGUUCUACACACCGGCCUUUUUCUCCUUUUUUGCACACCGAUUUGGGCACAACAUCCCAGGUUAUAUUCACAUCCUACUGGCCAACCUCUAUGUGCUCAUUCCCCCCAUGUUAAACCCCAUCGUGUAUGGGGUGAGAACAAAAGAAAUCCUGAAACGGGUGAUCAAUGUGUUUUAUCGAUGCUGCAGCAGAAGCUUCCUGCUGAGCUAAAGGAGGCAACAGUAAAUGCUUUGAGACUUGGAAAUUAAAGGCAGGUUUUCAUCUGAACUAUAGGGAUUUUGUAAUUAUGUACUUCCAGUGUAUGAGCUGGAAAGCUGGUCUCUCUCAU